AUGGCCAGCAUAACUCGAGGCCAACGAGCCCUCCCUCAACUCCAGUGGAGUCGCUCCAAUCUCCCCCAAUCCCAGCUGCUGCCCUUCUGCGCUCGCUCCCAACUCUUCUCAACCUCCGCUCCAACCCAAUCUCGCCGGCCCUCCCCGUCACCACCUCAACCCUCACCCCCGACUACAGUCCCAACACCCUCCAAGAAUGAAAUCAAUCCCCCGAUCAGCACUCUCCCCGCCGACCUCACCACCCCCUCCCCAUUACCUUCCUCCGCCGGCGCAGCAGACAAGCUGAAACGCUAUGUCGAAUUCGGCCGCGCAUAUCUCACCUUCUACAAAACGGGUCUGAAAAACGUAUACCACAACUACCGUGCCUCACUCCCGCUACGGAAAAGACUAAGCCUACCAGCCUACAUCCCCAUAUCGCCACCCCGGACAAGCACAUACAAUGCCCACGAGGCACCAUCGAUAAGAAAGGAGUCCGAACUGGGUCGCGCGCAAUUCCAGCUCGUCCGUCGCUCCGCCAAGGAUGUCCGCCGCAUGAUUCCCUUUACGAUGAUCCUGAUUGUCUGCGGGGAAUUCACUCCUCUGAUUGUGCCUCUCUUCGGCUCAGCUAUUACGCCUGCUACGUGUCGUGUCCCCUCGCAGGUGGAGAAGGAGCGCGUUGCUGCGACGAACCGCAAGCGCGCUGCGCUGGAUGUGCAUAUUGCCCCCUUGGAGGAUAAGUCUUUGGCGUUGUUGAAGACGGAUGGGGUCGAGCAGUUGCGUCUACUUGCUACGCACUUUGCGGACCAUGCCUGGGUGGCCGGUGCAGACCCUGCUUCGGUGUUGCGUGCCUGUGCUGUUUUUGGUUUGGUUAACCGCCACGAUAAGACUGCAGGCUCGCUGCUCGCUGGUGUGAUCUACCGGCCUCGGUUGGCGCGGUAUGUGGAGUACUUGGCUAUUGAUGACGAGAUGAUCCGUGUUGGUGGAGGAGUUUCGGCUAUGAUUGCGGCCGAGGUGCGGACUGCGGUUGAAGAACGCGGUGGUGUGGAUGUCUCGUCUGGUACUCAAGACCACAAACAGGCGGAGAAGUUGGAGAGGCGCUGGUUGGAGCAGUGGCUAACUGUUCGUGGAGAUUCCACGACUAAGGAACAGUAG